AGCUCUCUCCGGAUCAUGGAAUCAGGCAGUCAAGAAAUCAGUGUUCAAGAUGAGACUGUGGAUAAAAGAUGUUUUAAGACAUGCAAGCAAAUUGCCUUUUACAGGCGUCAGAAAUGUUUAUGUCCUGGGAAGUCCCCAUACCAAGCCUUACUGCAAACUGUGGAACUAUCCAACAGUAAUGUCAAAUUCCAAAUUUUCAAUGAAGAUAGCAAGGUAACUCUUUCAGUAGAAGUGUAUGAAAUAGAGGGCAAUAUUUUCAGGCUUAAAAUUAAUGAGGUAAAUCCACUCAAGCCAAGAUACGAAGUCCCUGAUGUUCUCAUAAAGGAACCAGCUAGCUUGAGGCUGAAAAUAUCAGAGAAAGAUGCAGGCAAAUUUGUGCUGAUAGGUGCUGAGCAAGACCAGCAGAUUCAUAUAAUGGCAAAACCUUUUCAAAUACAGCUUAUUUCUAAGGAUGAAAUUUUACUGAGCAUGAAUUCCAAUGGCCUGUUGUAUUUGGAACACCUGCAGUCGCCACCUCAAAGCAGGAAAUCUACUUCACAAGAAAAGGAAAGUGGAUUGGCAGACCCUUUUAAGGAAACUGAAGAAGAUUUAGGUCACUGGGAAGAAAAAUUUGGCAAAUUUUUAGACAUCAAAGCUAAUGGCAAUUGUGGCACUAUAAUGUCCUGUUCUUGCACUGGAUGACAUAAAAUAAUAUCUCUACAAGCAAUUUGUUUUUCUUUGUAUUCCAGUGAUGAUGAUGUCUACCGGCUUUAUAAUCUAGAUGUCUUCGGAUAUACCAUCCACAGCAAAAUGGGCAUUUAUGGUUCAGUGCCCUUACUCUUAGCACAUAAGCCUGAUCAGACAGUUGGAAUCUUUUGGCUAAAUUCCUCAGAAACAUUGGUGGAGGUUUCUACCAAAGCUUCAAUGGAGGUUUUACCUUCCCAAAUUCCAGACAUGUCCAAGCAGAGGAUAGUGCCUCAAACUGAUGUGCGCUGGAUGUCAGAAAGUGGAAUCAUUGACAUAUUCAUCUUAAAGGGACCCAGUCCUUUUGAUAUUUUUAAGCAGUAUGGACAGCUAACAGGCACUCAGGCUCUGCCUCCCCUCUUCUCUCUUGGGUACCAUCAAUGCCGCUGGAAUUAUGAAGAUGAGGAUGAUGUAAAAAAAGUGGAUGCAGGUUUUGAUACCUUUGACAUCCCCUACGACGUCAUAUGGCUAGAUAUCGAGCACACUGAUGGCAAACGAUACUUCACUUGGGACAAGAAGAGAUUUCCCAAUCCUGAGAAGAUGCAGAAGCAGCUACUUAUGAAGAAAAAACGCAAGAUGGUUGUCAUUGUGGACCCUCAUAUUAAGAUUGAUCCUCGUUAUACUAUAUACUCACAAGCAAAAGCGAAAGGAUUCUUUGUAAAAGAUCGUAAUGGUGAAGAUUUUAAGGGCAUCUGCUGGCCAGGUCUCUCGUCAUACCUGGAUUUUACCAAUCCUGAAGUCCGACAAUGGUAUGCAGAUCAAUUUGACUUCAAAAUAUACAAGAGUUCUUCUGAAAUUCUUUUUAUCUGGAAUGAUAUGAAUGAGCCUUCAGUCUUCAAAGGGAUAGAACAAAGCAUGUCAAAAGACGCUAUUCAUUAUGGCAAAUGGGAACAUCGAGAUGUUCAUAAUCUCUAUGGCUUUUACCAGCAAAUGGCAACCGCAGAAGGGCUGGUGAAACGAAGUAGAGGACUGAAAAGACCCUUUGUUCUUACCCGCUCUUUCUUUGCUGGAUCGCAGAGGUAUGGUGCAGUGUGGACUGGAGACAAUAAAGCAGAUUGGAGUUACUUGAAAAUCUCCAUUCCAAUGUUGCUGACAAUCAGCAUUGCGGGAAUUUCUUUCUGUGGAGCGGAUGUAGGUGGAUUUAUUGGAAACCCAGAGCCAGAACUACUGGUUCGAUGGUAUCAGGCUGGGGCUUUGCAGCCUUUCUUCAGAGGCCAUGCCAAUAUGAAAACCAAACGUCGUGAACCCUGGCUAUUUGGGAAGAAGAACACAAAGAUCAUCAGGGAAGCUAUUAAGGAGCGCUACUCCCUGCUUCCUUACCUUUACACGUUGUUCUAUCAGGCACACAGCAUGGCUGAACCGGUUAUGAGACCUCUCUGGGUGGAAUUUCCAAAGGAAUUAGAAACUUUUGACAUUGAAGAUGAGUACAUGCUUGGAAGUGCGUUAUUGGUACAUCCGGUCAGUGCUCCAAAAAUCAGUACAGUCAAUGUCUUUCUGCCAGGCCCACAAGAGAACUGGUAUGACUUCCGAAAAUUUAGACGUCUGGAAGGUCAUGGCAUAUUGAAGAUCCCAGUCACAUUGAAUAAUAUUCCUGUGUUUCAACGUGGUGGGACUAUUAUACCUCUAAAGAUUUCUGUAGGAAAAUCCACAGAAUGGAUGUUAGAUGUUCCAUAUGAACUGCGUGCUGCCCUAGAUGAUAAGGGAUGUGCAACAGGUAAAUUAUACCUGGAUGAUGGCCACUCAUUUCAUUAUCUCCAUGAGAAACAGUUCCUGCUCAGAAAGUUCAGCUUCCAUGAGAAUGUCCUCUCCUCCAGAUGUGCUAGUGAAGAAGGGCUAUUCCAGACAAAAUGUAUAGUUCAACAGAUAAUGAUUUUGGGAAUAAAAAAGAAGCCCUCUGUUGUGACAACAACCAUGUUUGAUGGAAAAGAAGACAAGACAGAGGCUUUCACAUAUGAUACCAAAAAAUCUGUGCUGACCCUUCAAAAACUUUCUUUAAACAUUGGCAAUAACUGGGAACUUCGUAUCAAAUGAAAACACAGCGUCAGAUAUGCUGAUUCUGUAAACUGCUUAGAGAGGGCUGUAAAGCACUGUGAAGCAGUAUAUAGGGUAAGUCUUAAGUGCUAUUGCUAUUCAGAGAGGCAGAUGAAAAACUGAAAAAUAAUACUUUGAACAAUUUAGCAUGGUUUUUUUAAUGGAUUUUUUGGAAAUAGACCAAACCUCAAAUUUGACAUACUAUCUACCGAUUGUAUAAUUUAAUUGAUUCAUAUUCAAAAUGUUCUUCAUGGAUGAAAACUUUUUGAUAUUAUUUGCAAAAAAAAAUGUUCCAGGAGAAAAUUGGUCUUCUCUAGAUUUUGCAGUUCUGUAUUAAAUGUUUAUAUUUUUAGUAUACCCAUGCAAUGGUUCUUUUGCUUUUAUAACACUUUUAAAGUAAAUUAUCUGCCUAUGUUUUAAUUGGUGCAAUGUUCAGUUUCUUGGUGGAUUCUUUUUAGCAGUUUGACACAUUAAUUCUGCCAAAAAGUUCUUAGAAAGAAGAAAUAUGAAUGAGAAUAGUUAUAAUAGGUAUACCUCUGCCGCAGAGAGAUUCUGCGUCAUAAAGCAUAAAUGUAUUUUUAUGUGGGUGAAGACAUUUUGAAUUAAUGAACUGAAUUAAUGAACUCUAGUCUCCUUUUAGCUGGUGCACUUCAGAUUUGUUGGACUAUAGAAUCCCCAUAAAAAUUGUGAGAAUCAUCCUCCCAUUAUGUACAAAAAGAAACCUGACCAAUGAUAUGAUAAACUGAAAAGGAAUAGCAAAACAGUAUUACAGUAAGGAAACUAAUUCAUGCUUUAUUUUGCUGAGCAAUUAAUAUUUCAAAAAAUUACCAAAAGGAACUUUUUCUGUUUGCAGAGCUAAGAGGUAUAAUUGCCAUUUCAGUAUUAAAGGGGCUGUAUUUUAGGUGUUCAAAACGUACAUAGUCUCGUGUCUUCACAAUAAAUGCCUCUUCUUUCAGAACAUACCUGCUUAUUGAAGCAGAACUAAGAUAUAGCUAUUAGAAUCAUGUAUGAGUGGUGUAAACAUUUUUGAUAAAUAUAUUCUGCA